AUGAACAAACAGGUGAAACAGUCAGUCAAGGAUGUCAUACCGACAUACAAUGAAGAGUAUCCUAGCCAGUUGUUGUCUUUGGUAGAUUCCUUAUAUCUGUUAAGCUUACAGAAAAAGCCAACUUUACCAAAAAGGGCUGAAAUUGCAAGAUAUCAUAUAUGUGCAUACGUGGCCAUCGAGAAGUAUCAAGGUAUAUAUGACUUGCCAACGCCUGAAACAUACAAGAUCCCAUUACAACCCAAAGUCAUAUAUAAAUUGCUCGAUGAAUUCAGAGAAAAUCUACUAAGCGGAAUGAAAUCACCAUCAUCGACGCCAAAAAGUAAAAGGAUAUCGCCAAUGCCUUCUGCGUACACAACUCCUGAAUCGUCUCCAUCCAAACUCAGAAAGAUAACUUCACGUACAACUCCAUUAGCCAGCUCCCCGUUAAAAAGAUUGCAAGCUCUUCGCGACGAUGAACCAUCUUCAAUUCAAGAGAUUUCGACUUCAAUAUAUGAAGAAAGCUCCCCUUUCAAUCCGAAAGAGAGGGCCUCACCUGCACGCUCUUCCAAAUCCGUAUCUUCAACACCAACUAAUUACAAAUAUGACAAAAAGCAUAUUACAGUUCCAGACUUCAUUUCAUUUGCUAACAAUUUCUAUAUUCCAUCGCCCAUAACUGCUCAGAUGAUUGUUUCCUUUAUGGAAAAAAAGCAUAAGUUUUCCAAAAAGAGUGAGUGGCUUCUUGCAUGUGGUAUGAUAUAUGCUGCUUAUAUCAGGAUAAAUCAUCAGCUACUCGACAACAAAUUAGGUGCGAAUUCACAAUUUCAAGACCAGUUGUUUCAAUAUCAAAAGGGUGGCCUCAUGAAAUGGAAUAUGUUGGCUUGGUGUAACAUUAUAGAAGACUCUGUAAAGCAAGAGAACUGGAUUAGAGAGCUUGAGCAUAAGUUUGUUUUCAGAAAUUCUUCUAAUGGUGAUGAAAAUCGAAACAAGGAGACGAAAGCAAGAAUCGGUACAGAAUUUGAAAUCCUAGAUAAAUUAGGCAGUAUGGUAAGCGGUGGCGUCUUAUUUAAUUCCGAUAACCAAACAUCCUACUAUAGAAAUUGGACGGCCAGAGUUGCAUCUAAUUUAUAG